GUCUACUCCCUUUGCCAGCUCUAACACCAGUGUGAUGGCUUGUUGUGCCUCGAGCCUGUUUGGACUCUCGACUGCAGCAUCACCCUCUACUACACACAGACGCAGCAGCCACUAGAGUGAAAGAUACAGGGAGACAGAGGAGGGGGGGAAAGGGAGAUAGGGACCGAGAAAGAGAGCAGUACCACAGCAGAGAGGAGGGAUCAUCUGUCCCAGCAGCAGAGGGAUCCACCUGUCCACGAAGGAAAGGGGGCCCCCCCACCUGAUCCAUCUGGUUGCAGGGGGGGACCCUGCGUGGCCGGGAAGGCAGCAGGGACUAUGCAGCUGGGACUGGUGGCGCUGGCAAUGGUCUUCCUCAGCUCCAUGGGUCAUAGCGAUGCUCUCAAGCUCUCCAAGGCGAGAAGACAGAGACGGGUUAGUACUGAGGGGCCACCAUCUUGCCCCAAAGGCUGUGACCGAUGCUCUGAGUAUAAUGGCUGCAUUAAAUGUAAGCCCAAGCUCUUCAUCUUCCUGGAGCGCAAUGACAUCCGUCAGAUAGGCGUGUGCCUGGCCUCCUGCCCCAUGGGAUACUUUGGGAUGAGGAACCCAGAAGGCAACAACAGAUGCAUCCAAUGUAAAAUAGACAACUGUGAAGCAUGUUUCAAUCGCAAUUUUUGCACAAAAUGUAAGGAGGGCUUGUAUUCACACAGCGGGCGAUGUUAUGUAAGCUGCCCUCCAGGACAGCGCACCGCCAACGAGACCAUGGAGUGUGUCGGUCAGCCUGCUUCAGAGUGCGAACUGGGUGAGUGGAGCCAGUGGGGUCCCUGUAUGAAGAAAAACAAAACAUGUGGAUUUAAGAAAGGCUCGCAGUCUCGGGUUCGUUCACCCCUUCCACAGGUCCACAGCCUGGACACCACCCCGGCCUUUGUACCCUCUCAGACCUGUGUUCCAGAGACAGAGAGAAGGAAAUGCGUUGUGACCAAGGCACCCUGUGCAAGAGAGAGGAAGAAUAAGGGAGACCAACAAGAUGAUUCAAACAGCAGAGAGAGGGAGAAUGCACGUGGGCAAGGACGAGAGGGCAAAGAUGGCAGUAGAGGAGGAGGAGGAGGAGGAGGAGGUGGUGGUGGCGGUGGUGGUGGUGGCGGUGGUGGUGGUGGUGGGAAGAGGAGAAAAGGCCAGAGCAGGACAACCACUGCUCCUAGCAUCACAACCAGCUCUGUCACCUAAACUUCAGUGCCUGCUGGGUGGGGCUGAAAGAAAAGCAGAGACGGUGCCUCACCCAGCAGUGCCAGCCAUAGACCAAGAUCAAAGUGAUGGAGGAAUGGAUUACUGCUGCUAUGCGUUGUCGAAGAUGCAAAGAGAACUGGAGGAUCGCUGCAACACAAAAGUUUUUCCAGAGCUUUUUGAAUACAUGAACCUAUCUGGAAGAGACUAGUGUCUCUGUAGUACUCUGAAAAACUUGUUGAUUUUUCAUUCCACUGUGAGGGAUCAGUAGAAGCAAAGCCACAGUGAAGAUUGUGGUUCAGCAUGGUUUGUUUCAUGAACUGAUCUAUGUCUCUUCUUGAACUAAGAACAGAUCCUGUGUAUAAAAUGGAAGUCUGAUUAUGAAUGAAGGGCCUCUUCAGUCCCCUCUGGUAAAUGAUGUAUUUUCUUCCAGUCUGAUUUUAAUCACUUUAAUCUGUUCUUCAUUUGUUUUCAUGUUUGUGAGAGAAGGCAGAUGGAUAUUCUCAACAGCCGCUGUGUGUGAUGUAAAGACAGUGGAUAGUAUUAGGUCUUUGUACCUUUAUUUCCUAUUGUGACAUGAAACAGAGAAGAAAAGGCACUGGAAAUCAUUUGUGGUUGGUGAGGACAGGUCUUCUAUAUAUUAUUCUGAUGAGGGAGUCUAUUACAAAGCAAGCCUAAGAGAACAUAUAGAGGGGGAUUACUGGGAGCUCAGCUCAUAUCCUCUGGUGUCCUGACACAGACCUUCGCCAUUUGAUAGCUUAGUUUGUUGACGUUUGUAUCAGAAAAUGACUCUGCACGGAAAACGAGGAAUUAAAAACACAAAUAUUUGCAUUGUACAAGGUUGCAUGUGUGUGCCAUUGUGCAUGCAAGCUUGUGUGUGCGUGUGUUUGUCUCUACCUAAAGUCUGGGUGUCAGUGUACUCUGUUUGCAUUUCUGCACGGAAUCAAGUUGUUUGUGGACGGAACUUAGUCGUUUGUACAUGUGUGCUUACAUUUGCACAUAUGUGUUCAUAUUGGUCUCAUAGAUUGAAGGAAUAAGGUCUGGAGAUCAAGCGCAACGAGAUGUAAAUGCACAGGGGUAUAUCAAGUAUGCAGUAACUACAAGCCACUGAAUAUUAUAUAAGCCAUCAAAUCAUGAGCUGCUCAGUAAUCGUGUAUUUUUGCAACAGGGUCUGAAGAUUUUGCACAACUAUAAUGUUUCCUAUGGCUCAAGUUUCAGAACAAUCAUAGCAUUUUACACAUGAAUACUCAAAAAGCUGGCUUCAUAACAUUGCAGAUAAAAACAAAACCUUUUUUUUUUUUACUCCUAGAAUGUCUUCCGUGGGUCUGUUUGCUUUCCACAAGAUGCAGAAGUUACACGCUACAUUAUUCAUUCAUACUAUGGAUUGUGAUACUGAAUAUGUCAAACUGUGUUUAUCAUCAAACGUAAGAAGUAUUAGUAUCAUCAUGUAUAGCU